GGUAGUAGAAGCACUGAGAAAUGUAAAGGAUCCGAAAACCGGCGGAGACAUCAUUUCUCAUCGCAUGGUAGAAGAUUUUAAAUUGGAAGGUGAUAAUAUUUCAUUUUCAAUUGUCCUAAAGUCUAAUGAUGCGGACUUAAAAUCUUCUUUGAAUUUUGCUUGUAUGGAAGAAAUAGCCAAAGUUUACCCACAAGCUAAUGUACAUAUUCAUCUCAAAAUCAACGCAACAGAUGAUGAUGCUAACACAGUUUUGCCACAAGUCAAAAAUAUAAUUGCUAUUGCAUCCGGAAAAGGUGGUGUAGGUAAAUCCACAAUUUCUGUCAAUCUAGCUGUUUCUCUUGCCAAUUUGGGUUAUAAAGUUGGACUCAUUGAUGCUGACUUAUAUGGUCCUUCCAUUCCGACCAUGAUGGGAUUGACAGGUCAGCGCCCAAAAGUAGAGCUUCUUUAUGGCAAACAUAAAAUAAUCCCUUUACAAGCACAUGGUGUACAUGUUAUUUCUGUAGGAUUUAUAGUUGAACCCGAACAAGCAGUUGUCUUGAGAGGACCGCGAUUGGGUGGAUUGUUACGUCAGUUCAUCCAAGAUUGUCUAUGGCCAGAUUUGGAUUAUCUUUUGAUAGACCUACCUCCUGGCACGGGCGAUAUUCAACUUACCUUAGUUCAGACAGUGCCUGUCACUGGUGCACUGAUGGUGACGACACCGCAAGAAGUAGCAGUCAUUGAUGCUGUAAAAGCAAUGAAUAUGUUUUUAUUAACCAAUGUAAAUGUACCGAUUUUGGGUGUGGUAGAAAAUAUGAGUUGGUUUACACCUGCUGAAUUGCCUGAAAACAAAUACUAUAUUUUUGGCAAAGGAGGAGGUAGAAAACUAGCAUCUAUCUCAAAUACAGAAAUGGUUGCUCAAAUUCCUAUCAUACAAAGCGUAAGAGAAGGUGGUGAUGCAGGAGUCCCGGUUUCAGCACAAAGCAACAGUGCAUUAAAACCAUUAUUUGAGGAAAUGGCUCAGAAUGUCUUGAAGCAACUAGCUGUACGACAUGACUUGUAUGAACCUACAAGGAUUGUAAAAGUCCAAGGUCUUGAUACAGAUUCUACCAAAAUUCCCCACCAUUUAUUAGCAUACCAAGAUCCUGUUUUUGAAUUCAAUAAAGCAGUCAUUGAUGCUACUAAAGAUCUAUGUGUAGCUUACAAACCAAACCUAGCUUUUUACGAGUCGUUAGGCCCAAAGGGUUGGAAAUCACUUGAAAAAACAUUGGAGUACAUCCCUGAAAAUAUUUUCUCUAUAGCCGAUGCAAAACGUGGAGAUAUAGGUAAUACAAGUAAAAUGUACGCUAAAACAUUUUUUGAAUACCUGAAUUUUGAUGCUGUGACAGUCGCUCCUUACAUGGGGAGAGAUUCGAUUACACCUUUCUUAGAGUUUGAUGAUAAAUGGGUGAUCGUAUUGGGUUUAACAAGUAAUGAAGGAAGUGCAGAUUUUCAAUAUUUGAGGGAUCAAGAUGGUCGUACUUUAUAUGAAAAAGUUAUCACAAAAACGCAAGAAUGGGGCAAUCCCAAUAAUCUAAUGUAUGUCAUUGGCGCCACACAUCCUGAGACAUUUGCUGAGAUUCGGGCUUUAGCUAAAGAUUUCUUUUUUCUUGUACCAGGAGUAGGCGCCCAAGGUGGGGAUAUGAAUGCUGUUUUCAAAAAUGGCAAAAAUGAUGAUAUUGGACUUCUAGUUAACUCAUCUAGAGAUAUUAUUUAUGCUGGCAAUGGGCUUGAUUUUCAAGAAGAAAUCAGAAGAAAAGCUCAACAAAUGCAAAAGAGCAUGAGUGAUUUAAUGGCU